AUUUGGGGCUGGGGAAUAAUAACCAGGCCUCUCAGUUAUUUGAGUCACAGUAAUAAGAAGCAGCUGCCGGCAGCUGGGCCGCCCCCUCUGCCUCCCUCACUUUUGCCUGAGCUCUUGUGAAGUGGGGAACAACGUGACACCCUUUCCGCCGGUGCAGAUUUCUUAUGCCAGUCAGCAGACUUGACAGUUGUUAAUGAUGAGUGUGCUACCCCCAGUGCGGAGAGAUCGGAUUGUGGCAGAGAUCCCCCAGUGUUUCAAAAAGGAGGCAUGUCUUAACACCAGAGACUCCUUUCAUUCUAAAGUUAUCAGUGCCUGCAAGCAGCAGAGAACCGGGACUGUGGGCAGAUUUAAGAUUUCCAAAGUCAUUGUGGUCGGAGAUCUUUCAGUGGGCAAGACGUGUAUGAUAAAUAGGUUUUGCAAAGAUGUCUUUGAUAAAAAUUAUAAGGCGACAAUUGGGGUGGACUUUGAGAUGGAGAGGUUCGAGAUCCUGGGAGUUCCUUUCAGUUUGCAACUAUGGGACACAGCUGGACAAGAAAGGUUUAAAUGCAUUGCUUCGACAUACUACAGAGGGGCUCAGGCCAUUGUUAUAGCCUUUGAUCUGACAGAUAUUUCAUCAUUAGAACAUACUAAGCAGUGGCUUCAGGAUGCUCUAAAGGAAAAUGACCCUUCAUCAGUGCUACUAUUCCUGGUUGGGUCCAAGAAAGAUCUCAGUUCCCCCUCUCAAUAUGCUCAAAUGGAGCGGGAUGCCUUAAAGGUGGCUAAGGAGAUGCAGGCAGAAUACUGGUCUGUGUCCUCAUUAACAGGAGAAAACGUGAAGGAAUUCUUUUUCCGGGUGGCAUCCUUAACAUUUGAGUCCAGUGUGCUAGCUGAGUUGGAGAAGACAAAUGCUCGAAGGAUAGGCGAUGUUGUGAGAAUCAACAGCAAUGACAGCAACUUGUACCAAAGUUCAAAGAAGAACAAGUCUAAGUGUUGUCAGUGACAACGGGCAAACACAUCAUAUGAUUGCACUGCAAAGCACCAAAGUGUUGCACAGACAUGAAAGAAGGAGGUUGCAUAUAAACUACAUAUACCUGUAAAUGACUAUAUAGUUCUUGGUGCUCUGCUCUGUUCUAGGAGGUUAUUCAGGGCCCCUCUUGUAAUAUUGCUGGAUACCGCAGGUACAUUUUAAUUGCAUGCUGCCAGAGGAUGAACAGUAGUACACUGCAGGGCAAAGUGCUGCUAUUCAUUUUCUAAGACCAUUUAGUUUGUUAAAAUAUAAUAUGUUGAUGUUUUUCAUAACUCGUUCUUAGUUAAUCAAUAUUCUGAUAAAAGGGAGAACUAAAUGCCAAUCUUCCUUUUUCCCCAUACAUAGACGGUGCCUAUUAAGAUCUACAGAGCUAACCAGGUGAGCCUGGUUAGGAGCCACCAGUAAAUUGGGGAAGUUGGGGGUUGUUUUCCUUUAACCCUUGUGUGUAACACUAUGCACAGUAUUUUGUGUCAUUUUGAAGAACGUAACAAUGCAAAAGUCUUUUAUGACAUAACCAAGAAAUCAUUGGGCACAUUGCAAUAAAAUUUCUUUUUGUAAAAGUACAAUUAUAUUUUUAUGGAAAUGACAAUGAAUUAUGAUAUGAAAUAAA